AUGGAUAAUCUCAAGUGCAACAGGCUGACGUGCAGGAAGGCACUGGCAGAAAAAGCUGUGGUGGUGAAAGGCUCUCAUAUCUUCUGCGUGGACUGCGCCAAUGAGUUGUUCAAUGCAUCAAGAUUGUGCCCUGCAUGUGAGACCUCGCUGACGGAACCCGACGACGUCGUGGUGUGUUCGCUACACCCGUCAAACGACUACAAGACGUCUGUCUUGUCUGGGUUGAAUCCCACAAUCAUCCUAGAGAUAUGUAGCAGGGCAAUGUCGUUCUGGCAAUACCAAGUUCACCAGGAGGCAUCAUUCCAACAUGCAGUGUAUCGUAAUGUCAACGAGAAGAACGCCCAGUUGCAGAAACAGCUAGACAAUGUAAUAAGAGAAGCGAAUGGGGAGAUCAACCUGAUGAACAACAAGAUCGCUGAACUGGAGCGGGACCUAGAGCUUGAACGCCGCAAGCUGUCUGGCCUUCAAGAUUCGCUCAAGGAAAGAGACAAGGAAUAUCAGAAGCUCAAGGUAUUGUACUCAUCUAGAGCCAUUUACAUGAAUGAGUAA